GGCAACGUCGUAUCAAUCAAACUUGUUUAUUUUAUUUUUUUUUCAUUUUCGUUAAUGAUAAAAAAUUGAAUUUGGAAAAAAAGUGAAAUAAAUCGAAGUAACGUCAAUUAAAAGAAGUCUUCUCUAACUAAAUCGCGUAUCGAUGAAUUCAUUAGUUGCCUACGACGAAAGCAGCGAAGAUGAAAGUUCGGACGAAUUGGCCAACACGAAAGAUACCGAUCGAUCAACACAGUCAUCCGCGAACGAAAUCAAAGCGAAACAAGAUGAGAAAAACACGCCGAAUGAAGACGAAGAUGAAUCAAAUGAAUUGAUCGGACCACCAGUGCCUUCAUUCGUCGAUGAAAACCCUACUAGUCCAUCUAUACCGUCGUCAUCUAACAACGACAAUUCAAACCAAGAAGAACAAAACACUCUUGACGAAGAUGACUCAGAUGAGCUAAUCGGACCGCCAAUUCCCAUGUUUGAAAUUGACAGAAACCCGGGUCCAUCGACGCAAACAGAAGAAUUAAUCGGACCACCGAUACCGGAACACGAAGAAGAUGGUUCCGAGGACGAAAGUUUCGAUUUACCUAUCGCUCGCAAUGUAUCGUUCACUCACGGUUCCAAAGCAGUAACAGCUCUGGCUAUAGAUCCUACCGGUACUAGAUUUGUGACCGGUUCUUUAGAUUACGAAAUGCGAUUCUGGGAUUUCGCCGGAAUGGACAGUACGUUGAAAAGUUUCAGAUCAAUUUAUCCCGUCGGUAAUUACCCGAUAAAAGCGCUCAGCUUUUCGGCUACUGGCGAUAGAAUCUUGAUCAUUUCCGGUAUGGCUCAAGCCAAAGUACACGAUCGCGACGGUCACGAAAUUUUAGAAACAGUCAAAGGUGAUCAGUACAUUUCAGAUAUGUCUAAAACCAAAGGACACACGUCUCCGUUAACAGAUGGAUGCUGGCAUCCGCGAAUUCGCGAAGAAUUUUUGACCAGUUGCGAAGAUAGCACGUGCCGAGUAUGGAACGUUUUCAAGCCCUUACAACAUAAAGGUAUCAUCAAAUGCAGGGCGAAAAAUGGCCUAAAAACUACUCCGACGACUUGCGCUUACAGCAGAGAUGGUAAUUUUAUAGCUUGCGUUUGUCAAGACGGCUCUUUUCAACUUUGGGAUACUCGUAAAAUGUUCGUGAAUGCUUCGAAAAUGAUCAGAGAUGCGCAUCAGUUCGGCACCGAUACUUCUCGUAUUGCGUUUUCGUACAGCGGGUAUCUGAUGUGCACCAGAGGAGGCGACGAUACGAUGAAAUUAUGGGAUAUACGUAUGUUUAAAAACGCUGUUCGAACAGCUACCGGUUUAUUUUCACGAUAUGGUAGUACAGAUGCCAUGUUCAAUCCCCAAGAUAGCGUCAUUAUCACCGGAGUAUCGUUAGAAAAAGGCGAAAAAGAAGGCAAGCUGUUAUUCUACGACGUCAACACGUUUAAUCGAAUAGAAGAAAUAGAAGUUACAGAUUCACACGUUAUCAAAGCUCAUUGGCAUCCUAAACUGCAUCAAAUUUUCGUCGGAUGCGGUAACGGCUUAGUCAAGGUAUUCUACGGUGAACAGAGUACCAAAGGUGCUACACUUUGCGCCAACAGAAGAACCGCGAAAACCAGACAAAUCGAGACUGUGUCUUAUCAACAAGUUAUUACGCCCCAUGCUCUACCGAUGUUCAGACAAGAUAGACCGAAAUCUAUUCGAAAACAAAUGGAAAAAGAUCGGUUAGAUCCGGUUAAAUCUAGACGCCCAGAUUUACCCAUCAAAUCCGGACAAGGAGGUAGAGUUGCUUCCGCUGGGUCUACUCUUAGUUCGUAUGUUAUUCGAAAUUUGGGUUUAAGUAAGAGAGUCGAAGAUGAUCAAGAUCCCAGAGAAGCUAUUCUAAAGUAUGCUAAAGAAGCGGCUGAAAAUCCUUAUUGGGUUAGUCCAGCUUACUCGAAAACUCAACCGAAACCGAUAUUUAUGAAAGAAGAGACGAACGAAGGGAGCGACGAACCGGAAGAAAAACGAAAAAAAGUGUAAAUGUGCUAAAUAUUAUUAUAAGAUGUAAUUUUAAUCGAAUUAGACGAAUUCCAUUUUUCA